AUGAGGUUCUCUACCUUCUUCUUCUCCUCGCUGCUUUCCCUGACCGUCUCAGCUGUCCCUCAAGGGUCGUCGAAGGUCCCUGAGUUCUUCUCUCAGCGCGUUGUCUUCACACCGCCGUCGGACUACACCGACCCUCGGACUCUGUACGCUCGUACUGCCCAAUUCGAAAACGGCAACCUUCUCGCGACAUGGGAGAACUACAGCCCUGAGGGCAGCGACCCCCAGUCCAAGGUAUACUUCCCCAUUUAUAAGUCGACCGACGGCGGAUACAACUGGAAGGAGAUCUCGCGCGUGUACGACCAGGCGCAACCCCAGAACGGUCUCCGAUACCAGCCAUUCCUCUAUGUUCUUCCUAAGAAGUUCGACAAGUGGCCUGCUGGUACCGUUCUCCUCUCUGGAAGCUCCAUCCCUACCGACCUCUCCACGACCCAGAUUGAGCUGUACGCUUCGACCGAUAAGGGCUACACAUGGGAGUUCGUUUCUCACAUCGCUGCUGGUGGAGUAGCUAUCCCCAACAACGGCCUCACUCCCGUCUGGGAGCCCUUCCUCAUGCUCCACGAAAAGAAGCUCAUCUGUUACUACUCGGACCAGCGCGACAACGCCACUUACGGACAGAAGAUGGUCCACCAAACCACCACUGAUGGCAAGAACUGGGGCCCCGUCGUCAACGACAUCCGCCACUCCAGGUACACCGACCGUCCCGGCAUGCCCACUGUCUCUCUCCUGCCCAACGGCAAGUACAUGAUGACCUACGAGUAUGGCGGCGGCCCGACCAACAGCUCGAGCUAUAAGUUUCCUCUCUUCUACCGCCUGUCCACCGACCCCGAGAAGUUCGACUCGGCCGAAGACCACCAGCUCAUCACCACUGAUGGCACGAUCCCCGAGGGCUCUCCCUACAACGUGUGGACCCCCAUUGGCGGUAAGAACGGCACCAUCAUUGUCAGCUCUGGCACUAGCGGCGACCUCUACAUCAACAGUGGUCUCGGCGAGGCUGGCACACCCUGGAUCAAGGUCCCUACUCCGGAGAAGCAGCACUACACUCGCCACCUGCGUGUGCUGAAGGAUCAGAAGAAGCUGCUCAUUAUGGGUGGCGGUAUUCUGCCUCCUAGCACGACUAACAAGGUGCAGCUGUCUGUAAUUGACAUCGCCCAGUUCUCCAAGGAUUAG